UCACACCGUAAAGGUGCCAUGUUGGGCUCCUGCCGCCACAAACCUCUCUGACCGAGUAAAACAAUACUUUCUUGGUGGAUCACAUCAGCUUUUACAAACUGACUUAAUUAAUCUAGGCUUAGAUAGGUACAAAUUACAUACAGAGUCAAAAGGCAACAUAUUUUUACAAAUAGACAUUAUCUUAAGAAACUUUAGCCAAUUUGGAAUAGAGUAUAAGUAAAAAUGAAGGUUAUUACUUACCUUGGGUUUACACUGCUCUCCAUACUAAUACAGUUUAGUGUUAUGGAUUAUAUCCAAGAAAGACUACAGCCGGACGAAAAACCACUGAUUUCUAACAUUACAAGCAAUAGGAAACAGUUCGGAGAUAUACUGCAAGAAUACUCUAAGAAACCCCAUGCACUAUAUUACCGUACUCUGAACCAAUUACAAGAAUACAAAAACCUAACAUCUACCACAAAAAAUUAUGAUAAUGCUACUUUAAAUAGUAGCACAUUUGAGACAACCACAGAUACUUUAAGCACUACAUUUGAAGACCUGUUUGAUGAAAGUUCUUCCAUGUCAGAUGUUGAAACUACAACAGAUUCUUUUUACACCAGCACGGAAAUUGAGAAUGUGACAGAGUUUACAUUAUUUGAAAAGAAAAAUAAAACAAUGAAUAAACCAAAUUCUAGUCCAAAGAGGAGUUUUACCAAAGACAUGUGUCAUUGCAAUCUCUUGUUUAACGUGUGUGAUAUUAAUUGCUGCUGUGACAGUGAUUGUUCUGAGACAGACAUUAAUUUGUUUGAGAAUUGUGACAAGGGGGCUUUGGAUGGAAAACGAAAUGAUGUAUGCUAUCCUCAAUUUGGUAUUAAACCGCAAACAAGUAACAUUAUUGGUAACUUGUUUUGCAUAGCAAAAACAAAUUUACCUGAGAAGCGGAAUGUUAAUAAGUAUGACAUAGAAUUCGCUACUAGAACUAUGGACAUGACUUUAAAAUGGCAAAAAACAAAAACACAAAAGGAUAAUAUAGAAUUUACUAAGAAACUUUAUCAAUCUGGUGAUCCAAUAUGGCUACUGAAAAACGGUUCGAUCGGUUAUUUAGAUGUAUCAGUUCCGGAAGUAAACCACUAUUGUACAGGUAGAAAAAUAAUUAAAUUCUUAAAAGAUGAAAUAAUUCAAUGCAAUGUUAAAAUAACGCACUUGGAAAUGAUACAACUUUAUAAAACCAUUGAAGAAACUACUGUUAUCAGUGUUAUAGAUCGCACUUUGAACACUUCAAUCUUGAAUUGUUCUAAUGUUCAUUGCACCAAUUGGACAGUCAUUAUUUGCAAUGAUACAUCAUGCAUAAAUUAUAACAAAUCUACACACGAGCCAUUCUGCACUGAUAGUCAAUGCACUCAUAUUGCACUGAAAAUUGACUACAUGUUUUACUAUCAUAAUUUAAAGAUUGUUAACGCUACAGUCAAAUUAUUCACUCAAAACGUGUCAAUGAAUGUACCUCUGAUGAUUCAAGACAUAAGUGUGCGUUUUUACCUAGCAAACACAUCCAUUGAACAAGCCGUACAAUUUAGUGGCAAUCCAGGCUACAUCCGCAAUCGUCCAGUCAUUGUGUCACGCAUUGAAAGCAAUCACACUGAUAACUUUUUCAACAGUAGUUCAAUGCAGAACCAUUUUAUACUGCCUGUUAAUGAAAACGGAAAAUGUACCCUAUCUAAUACAGCGAAAGAUGAAUUGAAAUUCGGCUCAAAUAAGAGAACUAAAUGCCGAUUGUAUUUGGAACAUAAGUUUUUCUCCUAUAAUGGCACACACGCAUGUAGAAUGAUUCAUGCCAGUAUUCUAGAAUAUUUAGGAUUUAAUUAUACAUCAUUUGUUUCGCCAUAUGGCAAUCCACGUGGACAAGAAGACGGCCAGUGGAUUCCACUACAAGUGCAGGCGAUUGAAAAAGACGCCAUUGUCGGUGAAUUUCUUGAUGGAAAAUCAACUUUAGAAUGUCGCAAUAUAGUGACAGCUGUGUCUUUAAUGUUUACAUAUGCUGACCUAAGUGCGACGAAUGAUAAAAUUGAAAAUAAAAUUCUUACUGCAACUGUACAAAUGACAGAGCGAAAUAUUAGUUUGCAAGUGGAUGAUUUCACCACUGUGUUGACUGUGGAUGUGACCUUUAUUGACGUCACUAAACCACCUGUGUACGAGUUUGCUGGAAGCCCAGAUUUCAAUAUUCAUUUACCUGCAGAUUUUUUCUUCCCAUUUCCAAAUAAAGCUUUCGUUAAUAGAUGCAAUUCAAUGCAAUUUAUGUACAUCUGUGGAGUGAUGUUUAUCGCAAUAAAAUAACUUUAAAUAAUAA